AGGAGAAAGAGAGAUGUUUUGCAUAACCCUCCGUCAUUCUUCUUUGCCUUUGGGUUUACGCCAACAGUAAUUAUCAGAUAAAUGUUAAAAGUAUGUGUUCAUCUCUCUGCUUUCUCAGAACUGGUUUCACAUCUAUCCAUACCAGCUCAGUUGACCUCUGCUCUGUUCCUCUCUGGUUUUGUUCCUGUUGGUUCUCGGGUUUUUACCGUGUUAAGAUUUUCUUUUUGCCUGCCUGCCAGCUUAUCCACCAACUGACCAGAUUUAAAGAUGAUAAAAAUCCGCACCAAAACACUGUUGCUGGGGGUUUCUCUUGGUCUGUUGGUCAUCUAUCUCAGUAGAUAUUUUACUGGGAAAAAAGCCCUUUGGAUCCCCAAAACUGUGAGAGAGGGGAGCAGUGAAAUAAAAAGAUCCACCACGAACAUCUCCUACAUAUACUCCUUCCCAAAAUGCCAACUAAACGCAGCUGCUGGAAAUGUCACAGGCUUCAGCUCUCUUCCUGGUAAUGUCAAAGACUUUCUCUACCAUAAACACUGUCGACAUUUUCCCAUGCUGCUGGACAUUCCUGACAAAUGCGGAGGAGCUGAUGAAUCUUCAGAGGUCUUUCUCCUCCUGGUCAUUAAAAGCAUCCCUGAUAACUUUGACCGUCGAGAGGUACUGCGCAAAACCUGGGCUACAGAGAGGCUGCACAAUGGUGUGCAGAUCCGGAGGAUCUUCAUCUCAGGAGUGACGGGUUCUGGUUUUGAAAGAGGGAGACAGAACAAACUUCUUGAACUGGAACAAAAUGAGUACAAUGACAUUCUUCAAUGGGACUUUAGUGACACGUUCUACAACCUCACCUUAAAGCAGGUACUCUUCCUAGAAUGGAUGGAAAGAAACUGUCCGAAAGCUCGCUUCUUGCUAAAUGGUGAUGACGACGUUUUUGUCAACACAGACAACAUGGUUGAGUAUCUCCAAGGCCUCAGGGACAAUGAUGGAGGCAAGCACCUCUUUACCGGACAUUUGAUACAGUACGAGGGGCCCAUUAGAUCACCAGAGAGCAAGUACUAUGUCCCAGUACAAGUGCAGGAGUCAGAGUCUUAUCCCCCUUAUUGUGGUGGUGGAGGCUUCCUCCUGUCGGGCUAUUCAGCUAUGGUCAUAUACAACAUGUCCAAGUCCAUCCCUUUAAUUCCUAUUGAUGAUGUUUACAUGGGGAUGUGUAUGGCCAAAGCAGGAUUGGGUCCAGUUCACCAUAUGGGUGUAAGGACAGCAGGAAUGCACAUUCCCUCGCGUAAACUAGAUGAAUUUGAUCCCUGCUAUUAUAAAGAGAUUUUACUGGUGCACAGAUUCCGACCAGCAGGCAUCUAUCUUAUGUGGCAAAGAAUAAGUGACCCCAAUCUAAAAUGUGAAUUGACAAAGAACUCAUUUUAGUAGCAUUAAGCUCACUGGUUGUGUCAAAACCCUGUGAUCGAUUGACGGCAGGUCUAUGACACAGCCUCUAAUGUCACUCGUAGAGGUUUAGCCUAAACCAGACAACAACAAAAAACAAAUCCAUACCCUGACAGUGACACAGAGUACUUAUGUUUGCAAGAUAAAUAUAUAUUUGCAUGAGAGAAUUAUUGUCCAAAAUAAAGUGUAACGCUGAAUCAUCGUUGCCUUUGCGAAUAUAUGGGACAUGCUUGAAACAUGUGGUGUCCCCUAUUGAGGAAUUUUAAAAUAGUUUUACACACAUGUGUCAAUAUUGUUAUGCAAUAUAUCUUACAAGUUUACAAGUUUUGUUAUGUCAUAAGGGUUCUUUCUAAAAAGCUGUGAAGUGGCAGAACCCAAAGAAUGGGCUUACUCGGGGGAAAAAUCGGGAAAAAACAUUCAAACAUAAAGCUUAACACACCCCUGGAUAGCAGUUAUCCAAAGCUUAAUAAGCACAGCCAGUCAGGUGACUUAAAACAUUUUAUAUAGAAGGUUAUGCCCAUUAUGUUUGUAAUAUAGACCUGCAGUACGGCACUGCAAUGCCUUAAGUGUAUGGCCUUUUUAAUAAUGUUAUCGUGUCAUUUUUUUCUGUAGACGCAAUAUAAUCACAUCAAUGAAGAGGGAAAGUGUUUCUGACACUGAAUUUGUUGAAGAUCAAAGAUUGUACCAUUUUAUCAGUGGGCGGGCCUUUAAUGAUGAUUGCACCUGGGUGUGUGUGUUUGUGUGUUUCUUUGGCUUGUGUGGCUGUGGGUUUAUGUUUUGACUGGAGCUUGGUGUUGGUCCACAUUUCUGACUACCAGCUGAAUCAUGUUGGUUGCAAAUUGUUCAAAAAAACAUUAACAAGCAGAAGUUGGCAGUGCUGUCUAAGGUACAUUUUUGCACUGUCAUUUACAAAACAACAUUCAGGCGACAGGAAUAAGGUGGGGCAGUGCAUCUCCAGUCUGGACUCAUAUGUACAGAAUGAUUAGGGUAUGGUUUUAUCUUAUCAGGGUUGAAAACAAGUCUUUUUUGUUCUUCAAACCCUCUAUUCUAUAGAAAUGUCGAAAACGAUAUUAUUUUUAAACAUCUUCAAAAAACAAUAUAUUUUGUGCUAUUUUAUUCUUACAGAUGACUUAGAGUGUCUCUCCUUAUUUAAUGUAAGACAUAGAAGAUAUUUAAAUCAAAGUCGGCAAUUGUUCAUCUUGGGAGAUGUUAACACAACCCUUCCAGAAAUGUAAAAUGCACCUUCUACAUCUGCAUUUAUACUCAACGUGCCUCGACCAAAUUAUGUCGAAAAAAAUGUUAAAUAUUGUUGUAAAUACAUGUUAAAAUAACUUCUUAAAAGAGUAAAAUAACUUAGGGUUUAGGAAUAAAGCUGCCAAGCGUGGUUACUAUUAUACAGGGGUGUUGAUUGUUGUUUUUUGUGUCAAAAGUUUGCCAAUAUGUCAUUGUAUUCAGACAGUGAGGGAAGCGGUUUUUCUAUGUUAUGUGGAUAUUUAUGUUUGUUUGUUUUUUCAAAAGGGAACAGGAAAUUUGUGAAUCUUUGCAAAAAGUGUGUUUAAUUAAUUAAAGAGAAGAAUGCACAUGAAUCCAUACAUACAUACUCUGAUGUAACACAGCUUCACUUACAUCACUCUAACAUAAUUUUGUACCAAAGCAAUGAAUUGUAAUCUACGGUAGCUAACUGCAGGGCAACACGUUCAUUUUGAAAGAGGAACAUUUUAGAGGAGCAUCAAAGCAGCAAGUUGUUGUUCAGGUGGACUGUCUGUUUAAAUGUAAAAUGUAUGAAUCGGGUGUAUAAUCAAUAAAACCAAAAUUAUAAA